AAAGGAAGCCUGCUCUUAGUUGGAAAAAAAGUGAACAGUUUAAAGAGGAAACGCCGCCAAAGCAUUUGCAGCAGCUAAAAGGGACGCUGUUUUUCUACAAUUCUUCGCCGGAGUUGUAAUUCUAAUCAAUGGAAAUAAUUUGCCCAAUUGAUGCACAAUACUCAGACCAGAUUGCCGCACUUCUCAAGCCGCCACCUCCACUAGAAGUCCAGAAGUAUUUUGAAGAGCUUUUAGCCACUAGACAAUGCGAUGGCAUCAAAGUUAAACCUACUCCACGUUAUGGAAAAGGGGUUUAUGCUGAGACGGAUUUCAAAGAAGAGGACCUUGUCUUGAAGGAUCAAAUGCUUGCUGGUGCCCAACAUCCUUCAAAUAAGGUAGACUGCUUGGUAUGUAGUUAUUGUUUCUGCUUUGUUGGGUCUAUAGAGCUUCAAAUUGGGAGGAAGCUAUAUUUAGAACAGCUGGGAGUCUCCCCUAUCGAUGAGUGUCAUAUGCAAAAAGAUUGUUAUAACUCUGAUUCAUCUGUUGGUGAAGAUGAUUCUGAUGUAGAAGAUCAGCAGGUCUCUGGAGAAUGUGCUUCUAGCCCUUCAAAAGAUAAAAUUUCUCUCCCUAAGGAUGUGGUCGAGUCAUUGUUUAAUGGCGAGAUGCGACUACCAUAUUCUGAGAAAUUCUCAAUGCCUCCAAUUGUUUCUUGUCCAGGUGGAUGUAAAGAGAACUACUAUUGCAGCAAAUCUUGUGCAGAGGCUGAUUGGGAGUCUUUUCAUUCUUUGCUGUGCACGGGGGAGGGGUCAAAGUCAUUAAGCACAAAGGCGCUUCAGAAAUUUAUAGAACAUGCUAAUGAUACAAAUGACAUUUUCCUUCUUGCAGCAAAGGUUAUUUCUUUCACCAUUUUGAGACAUAAGAAUUUGAAAGAAAGUCGUCAUGAGGGAAAAGGGAAGCAGGUUAUUUCAGAAAGUAUUGAUUUUUCUUUACUGGGGGAGGCAUGGAAGCCCGUGUCCAUGGGCUACAAACGAAGGUGGUGGGAUUGCAUUGCUUUACCAGCUGAUGUUGAUGGUUCUGAUGAAGCUUCAUUCCGAAUGCAAAUAAAGGAGCUGGCAUUAACGUCUCUGCAGCUUCUCAAGGAGGCUAUCUUUGAUGAGGAAUGCCAGCCAUUAUUCUCGCUUGAAAUAUAUGGCAAUAUCAUUGGCAUGUUUGAGCUGAAUAACCUUGAUUUGGUGGUAGAGUCACCAGUGGAGGAUUACUUUCUGUAUAUUGAUGAUCUUCCUCUCUCUGAAAAGGGAGAGGUUGAGCAAACUACAAAGCCUAUCCUAGAUGCUCUUGGUGAUGACUAUUCAAUUUGUUGUCAAGGUACUGCGUUUUUCCCCUUGCAAAGCUGUAUGAACCAUUCCUGCAGACCUAAUGCAAAAGCUUUUAAGCGAGAAGAGGAAGAAAGAACAAGAAGGGCAAUAGAAGACUUGAUUUCAGGCAACGAAUGAAACCUGUAAAGCAGAUAAAUGACUAGUGUAGUGAGUUCUCUGCAAGUAGGUAUGGCGUUGCAACUUGGUUAAGGGCUCUAAUUCACCACAUCGUCUCCGACAUUCUUGAAAGUAGAGAACUCAUGGACAAAUCAUUAUCUGGAAACAUAUCCGAAGGAAAUUGCACUGGAAUGGAAGUUGUUAUUCUUGCAUAUGUAACACUAUAAAGAAACCUUUACUUCAUCAUUAUUUUGUGAAAUCUGGCUGGAUAUAGUUAAACUAUGCUUAAACCAGCUCCAAAUUGCUCAGUAAUAUAUUUUUCAUAAAUUGUGAAACCUGUUUACAAGA